AUGUACAAACAAUUAGUAAUUAAAAUUUUCCAAGAGUUUAGUGUGAGAUAUUUCUUCUCUAUGGGACAAGCAAUUUGUGGUACAACGGAAGAAGUAACACACCUUGAAGAGUGUGAUGAAUUUCUGAUGGACUGUCAAUAUAGUACGUCCGGUUACCAGAUCCCUGAAUUGUUUGCACUUAUGUCAGUUAACUUCAGAAUCAUUAAUAUCUUCAUUGAUUUGAUAUUCUUCAACAGAGAAAUAGCAGCAGACGUUAUGCAUGUUUUACCGGUUAUGAUGGUGGAAACCAUCAAAUUUCCAUAA